UUGAUUGCCCUGAUUUUUUCGAAAAUUUCUGGCAAAAAAAUCCUGGUGACCUUUCUACGUUGCUCUAAUAGAACGGUGGCGACAUGUCCAAGGGGUUCAUAUGCAUAGAUCGUCGCCUGUCAAGAUCUUCUCGACGUCUUUUGGAGCACCGCGAUUGAAUUUUUUUGAGCGAUUGUGAAAUUAUGCGGUAUCCAAAGCGAUUAAAUAUUUUUGAACAACUAGAUGUUCAUGUAAUAUUUGAAUGUGUGCAAGUGGAACCAAUGACCAAGAAUUCCUCAAUCUCACGUGUUCACAUCAAAAUCCACGUACCGCAUAUAAUCCACAAACAUAACGAUAAGCAUAGGGUAAUAGUACAUAAAAAACCUCAUGUAGUUGAAGGUGGAAAAAAACAUGUUGUUAUCCAUAAACACAAUCAUGAACACAGCCACAGGUAUGAUCAUAAACAGCAUAAACCGGAUCAUUAUGACGAGAAACAUCAUCAUAAAGGGACACAUGACAAGCCAUUCAGUGCACACAAAACUCCCAUCAUUAAAGACAAUAGUCUUAAUAGCCAGGUUGAAAAGUUAGAUGAUCGGAAAGUACAAAAUACUCAGAAAUCUUCAAACCAUAAUCAAUUAAAAUCGUCCUUAAAAACGGAACAUAUCGAAAUCACUGAAAUAAAUCCACUCGCUACUAAACCUGGAGACAAAAUAAACAUUAGAGGAAGUUACAGGGUGCAAGAAAGUGAUCCUUACGAUGUUACUACGUCGUCAUAUCAUGAGUACGAUUCGCCUUUCACAAAAGAAAUCGCGAAAACAUUGACAAAUUAUAAAGAAUAUUUUGAAGAACCUUAUGAAAAUUAUAAAUUAGAUGAAGAUAAAGAAGAUAAUGAUAUUCAAUUAGACAAUUAUAGAAAUUAUGGAGAGGAGCGUUCGAAACAAGUAAUUUUAUACAAAAGUAAUGAUAAAAAAAGUACCAGUAGUUAUUAAGAAGAAUAUAAACAAAAAAAUCUA